AUGUUCCACACAAUCGUUCUUUUGGCGUCGUCCUCGCCUUCCAUGGCGAUCAACGCUGCAUGCACCUAUGUCUUCUGCAGCUUCCCGUCUAUUCUUGCCCGACAGGCACUCAACCACUUCGUGGUCUAUGCAAACCAGCCAAUUUCGCAGUUGCCGUCAUACAGCAAACGGUGCUACUCGUUUGUGCUGGGCAGCUAUGAAUCCGACCUUGUCUUCGUCGCAGGCCCCCCGGACCGAUACGUUCGAAUUCGUCGGUCCCCUGGAGAGCUGAAGCGUCAGUAUCUGGCGUAUGUCCGCAAGACGGUCGCGCUUUUGCGAGACGGUUCAGAUGACACCCUCUUUCUUCCCAUAUUGGCCCCUUGCGACGCAGGACAUGUACAUCUUGGUCAAGGGGUCAGCAUUUCGCUAGAAGAACUAGCCCAAACACUCCAGCGCUCCUCCUCCUCCUCAAAUGUGAAACUGUGGAUGCCAGAAUGCAAUGACCCAUGCUGGGCAGUGCCAGGGCUGCCAUGGUCAGUUCUCGACAAGGUCUCCCCGGUUCACGACCGUCUACUCCAAGCCAAACCUCUCAACAUCAAGGCGUUCCUUCUGCCCAAGCUUGUCGACGAGGCUCCACGAUACUUCAAGUACACCCAGACCGAUCUUGACUUUGCCAAGGUGCUGGUCGCUGACCUGAAGGCGCUGAUUGCCUCGAUCGACCCUUCAAAACUGGACCAUCCCUCCGACUACUUGUGCUACGCCGUUCGCCACAUUUGGAUCACGCGCCGAGGCGAGAUCCCCAUCGCAAUGCGGCUGUGUCGCAUCAGAGACGUGGCUGACGUAAACCGGGCCGGCGACAUCCUCGCCCACCGCCUCGACUGCUUCAUGACCGCCUACGUUCUCUCGCGCCACGUUUUCGGCACCCCGCUCGACGCGCGUAAUCUUGCUGACACAAUUCCACACGGCGCGUAUUGGCACUGGCUCGAAGCGGCGUGCAUGGCCCCUGUCCAGGGACACUAUUUCGAGGAAUUCCUCGAAACGACCAAAAUACCGCUGGUGGCUGUGAAAAACCUGCUCGGAUCUGUGGGCCUGUUUUCCGAUAAUGGCUAUGCCAAAUGGACGGAAGUACUCUCUGUGAUUGGGAUAAACUCGUGA